AUGAGAGGCCUCUGGUUUGGGUCUCGCGGAACUAUCCCAAAAAGAACAAGGAGCUUCCUCGAGGAACUAGGUGUCGACAUUAAGGACGUAGCGAGGUUGGCUGAAAAUAUAGUCCUCGACUCCCUGGGAAUCAUUCACCACCACCCAAUAAGGGCAGGCGAUAGAUAUGAUGAUGAAGGAGCCGCAGGACAAAGAGCUCACGCGGCGGUAAACAGAUUUCCUAACGAGGUCUCCAGCCGGGCACCUCGCCUGGCCAGAUGCCGCAGAUUCGAUUCUCGCCUUUACCAGAUGUCGGGUCUGGAAUUUCCGCACAAUCCAGGAUAA